CAUCAAUAUCAGGAGCGAGUGGCAUCGGUCAAUGCAUGUGCGCUUUGCUGAUGCUGGUGAUUGCGGUAGUCACCUACUUCAGAAUAACACUACCUAGGUAUUAUCCAGUUUCCAGCGGUGUGGUGGCAUCGACUUUUGCUAUUACACACUUGGCCUCAAGAAAGAGAAUCCCUAAAGCAACGAGACUUAGAGAGGCUUCACGGCUUCACCGGAUCAAUCCGCAUCACUUGGCCGAAAUUCAGUCCCGCUCCCAGAGAGAUACCGCUAUUCGAAAUCAAAUCCAGUCAGCGAGUCGCAGCUGAGCCAGCUGAUCAGCCUCACCAGAGGGCUCGAGCUGUUGGGAGUUUGUGACCAAUUGAGACCCAGUCCCUGGCUCCGAUUCACCAUUUUCCGCUCUUUCUCCUCCAACCGACCACCACUGCGAAUUUCCGCUACACCACCAUCAC